ACUCUUCAUAUAGGCUAUAAAAAAGAAGAAUAGGCAGAAUUUGGAAUGAUAUCUGUGAACGAGUUUAAAGCAGACAAAAUAACGAGUGAAGAAGAAACUCCACAAGAGACUGCAAAUGGCGCUGAACCUUCAGCUAUGCGGCAGCAAGAAGAUGUCCCCUCACACAUGGACAAAGGCUGGGCAUGGGUUGUCUGUUUUUCGUCUUUUUGUAUCACCAUCCUAGCAGCAGGACUACUUAACUGCGCUGGAAUCAUAUUCGUGGAAUUACUUGAGAGGUACAAGCAAGGCAGGGGUAAAACAGCCUGGGUGACAUCAUUGGCUUCGGGAUUCAAACACUUCUUGGCCAUAAUAUGCACCUUACUAGUGCAGCGCUACGGCUCCCGCGCCACGGCCAUCGCGGGGGGUUUCGUGUGCGCCAUCGCCUUCCUCUCCUCCGCUUACAGUCCCUCCCUGGAGCUUCUCUACGUCACGUACGGUGUCGGUUUGGGCUUGGGGACCUCGCUUUGCUUCUGUUCGGGCCUGGGCAUUAUACCUAUGUACUUCGAGAAACAUCAAGCACUAGCCUAUUCCCUCGGGCAGCUCGGGGCACCAGUAGGAACCCUGACGUUGACCCCUCUCCUUCAGUACCUGUUCAACAAGCUUGGGUUCAGUCUGACUAUGGUGGCGAUAGCCGGGUUUCAUAUCAUCGUGGUUAUCAGUGGAUUGACUUACAGACCUGUCCCCGAGGUACCCCGGAGGGACGGUGAGGCGGAGGUUCGGGCUAAAAAGGGCUUUGAUGUGUCCGUGUUCAAAAACAGAAAGUUCGUCAUGUGGCUCGUGUGUCUAGCUACGGUGUUUCCAGCGCUGUUGAUCCCUUACGUUCAUUUGGUGCGUCUCGCCGAAGACAAAGGAAUCAGCGAAUUCCAAUCAGCAUUCCUUCUGUACUUCAUCUCAGUAACGUCAGCAAUUUGCCGUCCGAUAGUUGGCCACGUAUCGGACAGAUGGCCCAAUCGACGUCUCCAAUUCCUCCAGUUUGCCUUCUUCUUUUUUAGCACAGCAAACUUCCUCGCACCUCUAGCAACGAGCUUUGCGGCUCUGGCUGUGUACGCGUGCGCGUUCGGGGUCUUUGAGGCUUUCUUGUGGUCACUGAUCGUAAUAAACACUGUGGAUAUUGUUGGAGUGCAUCGACUGCCCUCUGGUAUUGGCUGGUUGUUUUUCCUGAUAUCUUUCCCUGAAGUCUCCGGGCCACCUUUUGCCGGCUGGAUUUAUGACCUGUCCAAGAGUUAUUCCAUAGCGUUCUUUGUGAGUGGUGGUGUGGUCGCUCUGGCUGGAUUGAUGAUGUUCUCUUUGAUCUCGUUUGAGGAGUGGUUUUGUUGUAAUACUUAUGAGAGCAGAAGAAUUGAUCCAAUCCCUAACCCGCCGGCAGUGUAGAAUUCGAUAAGAGGCGAGGCGAUCAGUGAUAUGUUAAAUGAUAUCUGAUCAUGUGUCUCCAGUCAAUUUUUAUUAAUUUACAAACUGUUUAUUCAAUCUGGUCACGUCAUUGAUGUUUGAUUGCUAUAUACCGUUACUUCCCAUUGAAAGAUUAUGUUAGGAUAAACUCUGAUUUUAGUAAUUGUAGUAAGCGAAUAUAGAAGUUUAGAUAUUUAGUCUAGCUAGAAGGCAAUGUUAUAAAGGUUUAAUAUUCUAGCUGUAGGAAUUAACAAAUACGCAAGUUCUGGAUAUUGUUCUAGUACAAACAUUUUAUUAUGUGUUAGAAAUAUUCCUAACCGUUUUCUUAGUUUUAUUGAUUUAGUUUUAGUAGUAAAUUGGUCGCUUAAUUUGUUGUUUGAUUCUGAUUGGUUCGUACUUUCUACUCAUGUUUUACAGGAUAGGUUUUCAUAUUGUUUAUAGGUUAUAGUCUAGUAUAUUUAUCGCUCGUACGACCAUCACUGGAAUAUGCCUCAGCGGCAUGGAGCCCUUAUACAGACACAGACGUAAAUAGAUUAGAACAGGUACAAAAGAACGCAGCCAGAUUUGUAACAAACAACUAUACUUUCCAAGCUAGCUCCACAGAGCUUGUGAAACAACUAAAAUGGGAUACGCUUGAAACUAGAAGACUAUUCCACCAGUCAGUUCUAAUGUUUAAAUUCUAUAACAACCUUGUGGCCUGCCCUCUCCCUACUUCUGUUUCUCAACCGGCAUAUAAAGUCACUAGGAGGCAUAACCAUAGUUUUUUGCAACUACAGUCUAAUAUUCUAUCCUAUAAUUAUUCCUUUUUUCCAAGAGCUAUAAGAAUCUGGAACUUACUUCCCAGUAACGUUGUCAAUCAAGUAACCCUAGAGGCAUUUAAAACAGCCGCUCUGCCGGCCAUCAGGCAGCUAAAGGUGCCUUCGCACCUACGCCGGCUUUAAAGCUGACCAACCCUCCCAUUACUAGCGUAAGCUAUAUAUACAUGUGUAUAGGGAGUAUUUAUUUAAGUAUUUAAGUACUUCAUGUUUCUAUAUUGAAAAACGGAAGUUCUUUAGUUUUGGUUAUGUUUUAAUGAUAAUUCAGAUUUUGUUUACAAUUGAUGGUUUCCUUAGUCUAGAUUUUAUCACGCCCGUGGACCCUCCGCUUCGAUGACCUUUGGUUGCGUCUAAAUCCAGGGAGUGUCCAGUUUCUAUACGUGGCAGAAUCGCGGUUUCGGACAUUUUAUUUGGCAAGCUAUUCUUUUAAAUUUUCUUCAAAACCACAUGCCGUUUUUUCCCCUUGGUUAAGACAUUAUUUAUUUGUAUCGUUAUUUCAUUUAGGGGAAACUGUUGUAGUCACGCGCUCUUUGAGCAUGCGCAUUUAAGUUUUUAAAAGCUGCUCAUUAGUCUAUCGUAGCGGUCGUCCACACUAACACGGAUUCAAAAGUAUCCGGAUUCGUUUUGCCGAAAACGCAUCACUUGAUUCGCGUCCACACUAUCGUUUUCGCACCGUGUUCGCCUGGAUCCAGCUGUCCACACUAACACGGAUUCAAACGUUUGACAACGCUGAAAGGUACGGGGUGACGUCAUUUUUAUGAUAUGCGCAUGCUCAAAGCAGCGCGCGCCUGCGAUAUGACGCCAUCGUUUUCAUUUUGAUACGGAUUGGACCGUCCACACUACGGACCAAAGUAUACGGAUUCAUUCUGAUUCACUUUCGACAGCGUUUUUAAAAGUAUCCGGAUUCGCUGGAUCCAGCGCGCGUGUUAGUGUGGACGGAAGGCCUAAACGUAUCAAAAAGUAUACGGAUUCAAACGAAUCCACGUUAGUGUGGACGACCCCUUAGAGUUACCUUGACUUCAUUUAUUAUUUUGUAUAUAUAAUAGGGACGAGAGACCACGCCCUCACGCUCUUGACUGAUUGGUGCUUCCCGUAACCUCUUGAAUUGUUUUACAUUUAUUUUCUUUCAUGCGGGACCACCACAUGGAUUGUUGUCUAGUCCUAGCGUAUUAAAAUAACGAGCCUAGUUUUGUAUGUUUUGGUGCCAUGUAUUAUAUUGGCAGUGCCGCUGCUGUGCCGCGCCGCUGCUGUGGGCAAACAAUUAAAGCUUGAAAACACCA